AGAUUACUCUCACCGCUACUCAUUAGGGUUUCUGGAUGCGGCUUCUUUCUGUCUGAAACUAUUAUCCACAGUAGCUAAGCCUGCAAGCUUCGCCGUUUGAAACAGUGCCUCAACCAUGGCAGAACAAACAGAGAAGGCUUUUCUGAAGCAACCAAAAGUGUUUCUAUGCUCUAAGAAAGGUGGGAAGGGAAAGAGGCCUGGGAAAGGUGGGAAUCGCUUUUGGAAGUCAAUUGGGCUUGGAUUCAAGACUCCCAGAGAUGCCAUUGAAGGAACCUAUAUUGACAAGAAGUGCCCCUUCACUGGCAAUGUUUCCAUUCGGGGUCGUAUCCUAGCCGGUACUUGUCACAGUGCUAAGAUGACAAGGACCAUUAUUGUGAGGAGGAAUUAUCUUCAUUUUAUUAAGAAAUACCAGAGAUAUGAAAAGCGGCAUUCAAAUAUUCCUUCACACAUAUCACCUUGUUUCCGUGUUAAGGAAGGAGAUCAUGUUAUUAUUGGCCAAUGCAGGCCAAUCUCAAAGACAGUGAGGUUCAAUGUGUUGAAAGUGAUCCCCGCUGGAUCCUCUAGCGGUGCAAAGAAGGCUUUUACUGGAAUGUGAGAUUUGAAUUUUCAGUUCUCAUUGAAGGGUAGUGUUACCUUACAAAGUUAGUAGAAGCCUCUGUUCAAAUACAUCAAGGUUGAGUUAAAGAUUGAAUCAAUUUUUUGAUAUCUUGUAAUGCUUUGAGUGGUUAUAUGUUACAGACUUUAAUUGUUGAAUAGUAGUUGCAGUUAUUUCUGUUUUCAGGUCAUGCUUACUCUUA